GGUUCCCCCUUAGGGCUGAGCGAGGCGCCGUGUGAGCCGCGUUGGGACCUCCGCUGCCUGGACCUGUGGGAGAGUGCAUUCGAGAUGGGAAGCCGCGCCAUGGACUCGGUGACCUUUGAGGAUGUGGCUGUGAACUUCACCCAGGAAGAGUGGGAGUUGCUGGAUCCUUCUCAGAAGAAUCUGUACAUUAAUGUGAUGCUGGAAACCUGCAGUAACCUUGCUUCUGUGGGAAUCAAAUCAGAAUGCCAGAUCAUUGAAGACCAGCAUAAACAACCUGGGGAAAAUACAAGGAACAUCAGAACCUGUUCUGAUUACGCUCGAUAUGAGCUUGAGGGCUGUGGGAAAAAGCAACAUAACUCCAGUUCUCUCACAACUGUUCACAUAUACGUGGGAACCCACACUGUGAGCGGAACUUAUGCACAUGAAGUAUAUUCAAGACCCGCUGAUGUUCCAAGUUCAUGUGGCCCUCAAAAGCAAAUUCAGAGUGGAGAGCAGCCCCGUGGAUACCCCGUGGAACCAGCCUUUGUUUGCCCCAGCUCACAGGGAGGAACUCAAACUGAAGAAAACCCUUCUGAAUGUCAGCCAGCUGGCACACCUCUGAGUUCUUUGAAUUCCCCACCGUCUCACAGUGAAACUCGUAAUGGAGGAAAGCAUUUUGACAGUACACAGUCUGUUAAAACUUUCAGACGUCACAGUUCCCUUCUAAGAUAUGAAAAAAUUCGUGCUGGGAAAAAACCGUAUGACUGUAAACAGUGUGGUAAGGCGUUCAUUUAUCCCUAUUUACUGAAAAUGCAUGAAAGGUAUCAUACUGGAGAGAAGCCUUACAAGUGUAAGACAUGCGGUAAGGAAUUUCUUUGUUCCUCUUUCCUACAAAAACAUAAAAGAACUCAUACGGGAGAAAAACCCUAUAAAUGUAAGCAGUGUGCUAAGCCCUUUAGACGCCUCAGUCAUCUUCAAGUCCAUGAAAGAGCUCAUACUGGAGAGAAACCCUAUGAGUGUAAACAGUGUGGUAAAGCUCUGAGAAGCCACAGUUCCCUUCAAAGGCAUAAAACCAUCCACACUGGGAAGAAACCCCAUGAGUGUAAACAGUGUGGUAAGACCUUCAUUUAUCCCUAUUUACUUCAAACCCACGAAAGAUUCCAUACUGGAGAGAAGCCCUACAAAUGUAACCUGUGCAGUAAGGCCUUUCGCUGUUCCUCUUUCCUGCAAAGACACGAAAGAACGCACGCUGGGGGCAAGCCCUACGAGUGUACGCAGUGUGGGAAGGCUUUCAAAGGGCAUAGUUCCCUUCGAUUGCACAUAAGGUCUCACAGCGGGGAGAAGCCAUAUAAAUGUAAUGUAUGUAGUAAGGCCUUCCUAUGCCCCUCUUUCCUCCGAAGACACGAACUAUCUCACAGUAAGGAAAAGCCCUAUGAAUGCAAAAAGUGCGACAAAACCUUCCGAGGUCAGAGUUCUCUUCGGGUACACGAACGAGCUCAUGCUGGAGAGAGACCCUAUAAAUGUAAGGUCUGUAGUAAGACCUUUCGGGUUACUGCUGUCCUCCAAAGACAUGAAAAGAUUCACUGUAGAGAAAAGGCCUAUGCACGUAAACAGUCUGCUAAAGACUUUAAAGAUAGAAGUUCCGUUCAGAGACAGACAGUUCCUCAAACUGGGGAAAAACCUUAUGAAUGUAAACAAUGUGGUAAGUCCUUUGUUUACCCAUGUUUACUUCAAGUUCAUCUCAAAACCCACACUGGAGACAAACCCUAUGAAUGUAAGCAGUGUGACAAAGCUUUCAGAAGUCUCAGUUACCUUCGCAUACAUGAAGAAAGACACACUGAAGAAAAGCCCUAUGAAUGUAAAGACUGUGGUAAGACCCUCAGUUGCUCCAGUGCCCUGCAGUUACAUAAACGGACACACACGGGAGAGAAGCCCUAUGUGUGUCAACAGUGUGGCAAAGCCUUCAGGGGCUUCAGCUAUCUGCGAGUCCACGAAAGGACUCACACUGAAGACAAACCCUAUGAGUGCAAGCGAUGCGGGAAAAUCCUCAGUUGCUCAAGUUCCCUUCGACUGCACGAAAGAACCCACACUGGGGAGAAACCUUAUGAGUGUGCCCAGUGCGGGAAAGCCUUCAGAGGUCUCAGCCGCCUCCGAGUCCACGAAAUCAUUCACACGGGAGAAAAACCCCACGAGUGCAAACUCUGCGGUAAAGCUUUCAGGUAUCAGAGUUUACUUCGCGUCCACGAAAGGACCCACACUGGCGAAAAACCAUAUGCUUGCAAACAAUGCAGUAAGGCCUUCAAGAGCCUCAGUAACCUCCGCAUACAUGAAAAAACUCACAGUGGGUUCUAUGAGUGCAACCAGUGCGGCAAAACCCUCAGUUCUUCCAACUCCCUCCAAGUACACGCCAGGGUCCACAGCGGAGAAAAAGCUCACGAGUGCAACCAGUGCGGCAAAACCUUCCGCCGCCUCAGUAAUCUUCAGGUACACGAAAAAACUCAUGCCGAAGGGAAGCCCUACGAGUGUAAGCAAUGCGGCAAGUCCUUCCUUUAUCAGUAUUUACUUGAAAAGCACGAGAAGUCUCACACUGCAGAAAAGCCCUAUCAAUGUAUGGUCUGCAGUAAAGCCUUUAUUUGUCCCUCUUUCCUUCGACGACACGAAAGGGUUCACAGUGCAGCGAAACCCUACGAAUGUGGACACUGUGGUAAAGCGUUUAAAGGCCUCAGUUCCCUCCAGUUACACGAAAGAGCCCAUGCUAGAGAAAAGCAUUAUGACUGUCCGCAGUGUGGUAAAACCUUCAGAUGUCACAGCCUCCUCCAGGCGCACGAAAGAACCCAUACGGGUGAAAAGCCCUUUGAAUGUGAAGAGUGUGGCAAAACCUUCAAAAGUGCGGGUUACCUUCGCAUACAUGAAAAAACUCACAGCGGCUUCUAUGAGUGUCAACAGUGUGGUAAGGUGCUCAGUUGCUCAAGUUCUCUUCAGUUACACGAAAGAACCCACACUGGAGAGAAACCCUACGAAUGUAAGCAGUGCGGUAAGGCCUUCAGAAGUCAAAGUUCCCUUAGACGACACGAAAGGAUCCACGCUGGAGAGAAACCCUACGAAUGCAAAGACUGUGGUAAGUCCUUCAUUUACCCAUGCUACCUUCAAAUGCACGAGAGGUCUCACACUGGAGAGAAACUGUACACAUGUAAUAUAUGUAGUAAAGCCUUUCUUUAUCCCUGCUUCCUUCAGAUGCAUGAAAGAACUCACACCGGCGAGAAACCUUACAAAUGCGAGCAGUGUGAUAAAGCCUUCCGAAGUCAUAGUUCCCUUCAAAUGCACGAAAAAAUGCAUACAGGAGAAAAAGCCUAUGAGUGUGAACAGUGUGGUAAAGUUUUGAUAAGUCAGAGUUCUCUUCAGAGGCAUAGAAUAGCUCAUGUGGGGGGAAAACGUUACGAAUGUCGGCAAUGUAGUAAAUCCUACACUUACCCGUAUUUACUUCAAAUUCAUGAAAGAUCUCACACAGGAGAGAAACCCUAUGAGUGCAAAGACUGCAGUAAAGCCUUUACAUGCUACCGUUCCCUUCAGAGACACAGGAAAACACACACCUGAGGGGGAAUCUCUGUGAAUGCAGAUAAACGUGUGAGAAUGGUUAGACUAUCUAGUUCUCUUCAAAUGUGUGGAAGUGCUGAGGGAUGUAAAACAAAUGGUGAAGUUUGUUGUUGCUGUUGUGGUUGUUGUUGUUGUUGUUAUGGGUGUUGUUGUCUGCUAUGGAAUGUUUAGAAGGAUUCACUGGGGGGAAAAACAACUCCUGAAUCUAAGAGAUGUGCUAAAACCCUCAGUUCCAUUUGAAGACCUGAAACUACCUGGUGUUAAAACCCAGAAUUGAAUAUGGUAUUUCAUUUCAUAGAUCUACUCAAAUACAGAAGCUUAUGAAGGUAGUCCUAUAGAAAGAGAUAUGGGAUUGAAACGGCUGCAGUUUGGGAAGUAAAGCCUAUAUUUUAACAAUACUAAAAAUCAUGUGAUAAUGCCGAUUAGAGGAUCCUACAAAUUUAUGUAUGUUGAAAUGUUGAAGCAAAUCAUGCUAACAUGAAUGAAAAGCUAUGCAAUUUAUGAAUGUAUGGUAUUUUCCAGUGAUUUGCAUUUGAAGAUAUUCCUAGUUGCAGCUGAUAGAUCAGGUCUGUAUUCUUUGGUUUUGUUGCAACUAAUAGCAAGUUAAGGGGCAGCCCAAGCAACUUAAUGAGACCAGUCUCAAUAAAAAUUAUGGGAAAAACAAAAAAACAAAGCAACUCAUUCAUUUAGCUCUGGUCUCCCAGUUUAAUUUGUAGUCCUAGCAUAAGAGAAUUGAGAAGGCUCCUAGGUGAUGGAUUUUCAUUUCUUUUACAGGAAAACACUGAGAUGAAAGUUUUCUAAGUGUAGACAUGAACUUUAAAAGAAGAAAUAGUUGAUGCAGAUUGCUAGACAAUUUCUUAAUUAGCAUAUAUGUACCUUAUAGUGUACCCCACCAUACACUUAGGCUACAUGGUAUAAAAACUCCGCUAGUCUAUGGAGUGUCACUUCAUUGUAUAUUUUAGGCAUGGUACCAACAAAUAUGUAUCAAACAAAAGAUUUGGCAUAAAAGUAAAUGCUCUACCUAUGAAGAGUACUUAUUGUGAGUGGAGUUUUCAGGACCAGAUUUUGUUCCAUCAGAGACUUAGGUGACAAUAAACUCCUAGGACACAUUAAUCUACUGUAAAAUAUCUACACUAUAGACUUAGUUCAUAGUGUUUUGAUGUUUUCCUAAAUAAUAAAUAGACUUAAAGCCUUUUACAAUGUGUAUAAUUUUAGUACUUUUGAUUUUUGGGGUAACACUAACCAUAAAAUGUAACCGUUUUAUGAUUGUUUAAAACUAUUUCUUUGUGUGCUUAUUCUCUUGUGUUUUUGCAUUGUAGAUAUGGUUCUUAAAAAAAUUGUUUGAAAAACAGCGGUCACGUAGAAGAGUGAGGCAGGAAGGAGGUUGGUGUCUGUAGCUCUCAGAUCUAUAUGUGCACUGACUCUUCUGUGCUUCCGGCGUCACUUCCCCAUGGUGCAUCAUGUGAUCAACUGUACCUUAACUUUGUUUUGAUCAUACAACAUAGGUAUUGCAUGUGAUGUCAUGCCACGCAGUGCCUAUUCACAGCUCCUUGAAGCACUUCAGCUCACACGCAAGACUUGCUGGCUGUUGCAAACUAAAGUACUUUUACUAAAUUAUGAGAGUUUUCUGCUCUUAUGGAAAUAAUGAUUUAAUUGUGGAAAACAGACCUUUCUGUUUCUCAGUGUUAGUCAUCAGCAUGUAAGUACUAAAUUAAUUUCUCUUUGUAUUGUACUGCAUAGUAUAGUUUACCUUUAAAAGUUCCUGACUUAGUGACUUGUAUUUUGUUGAAAAAAAAAAUCAUUCAAUGAUUAUUGGGUUUCAAUAAAGAAAAAUAUUUUA